AUGGUUUAUUCAAAGCCACUAAUUAUUCUCGUCCUCGUCGUCCUCUUAUCAUUUGUCCAAGGAUGAUCAGUAGGUGAUUGGAUUCUUAGAAAACCAACAGGAGUAACUCUAAGCAAUGGCAUUAUCAAUCAGUUAAAUUCCGGUACCCCUGCUCUAUCUCCAGAUGAGUCGGUUGAUAUCAACCAAUAUCUUAGCUGCUUUUCAUUAAGCAAGAACGGUGAAAGCUGGAGUUUAACAGCAGAUGCAUCAAACUUAAUCAGUGGUUCAGAAUACGCAUUUGGAUUUUGGGUAAACUUUGAAUCAACAAUUAGCCCAAAAGUUUUUCAAUUUGGAGCUAACACUGGCCCACGUUUUAUUGUCUCAUCAACUGAGAAUGGCACCUUAAAAGUUUCCUUCUUUUCAAGCACUACAACAAAUGAUCCAGCUAAUGAUUUGUCCAUAACCGUCCCUUUAAGUAAUUUAUAUAUAGACAAGUGGUUCUUUAUUGUGUUUCACUUUACUAAUGUCUCAGGCACUCCUACUUUGAAGAUUAUCUUGCCUGGCCAACCCGUAAUUUCCAAAACUUCAGGGAGCUCAAACGUUGCUUUUGUUAUACCUAGCAAGGUAUUUUUUUUGGAGGUGGAAUUAAGGGUAAAAUUUAUAGGGCUAUGCUUACAAAGAGUGCCACCAUAA